ACUUUCAAAAGACCUAAUUAGUUAACCCAAAGUAUUUUAUUUUUUUUUUAAAGGAAGGUACUAAUUGUGUCUUGUUCCCUUGUUAUCCAAACUUAACUACUACUCCGUAGUAGAUUUGACUAAUUGAGUCAUCUGACCAAGUUGUUCAUCAUUUACCAACCUUUCAAUUAAAAAAAACCGAAGAUUAAUCCCAAUUUUAACGCCCCACUUCAGAAAAAAAAAAAGUGAAACGUGCCACCAUUACCGCCACCACCCCCUCCAAUUUCUGUUUGUGGGUAUUCUUAGAAAUGGCGAGAUUCUCCAUGAAUUCGAGAGAUGAAGACUCCGACUCCGAUCCCGACGACACACCUCUCAUCUUUCAUAACCCUAAAAGAACAAGAACUUCCCACACUUCUCCUGCCUCUUCUUCCUCUACCUUUAGUCCUUCCUCUUCUUCCUCUAACUCUGAUCAUCAACAAUCAUCACAACAUCAUUCUAAUUCCGCUUCUGCAGUCCCACCCACCAAUCCACCUGUCUCGGCACCCACCAACCCGCCUUCCUCGGCACCCACCAAGCCGCAUGUCUCGGCACCCAUCAAGUCGGCACCCACCAAGCCUCCUGCCUCCACUUCUGUUGUUCUAAGCGACCCGGAUGUCUUGGAUUGCCCCAUUUGCUUCAACCCAUUGACUGUUCCUGUUUUUCAGUGUUACAGUGGGCAUAUAGCAUGCUCCUCAUGCUGUGUCAGCCUUGUUGAUAAAAAAUGUCCCUCAUGCCGUGGGAUAAUUGGAAAUAUCCGAUGUCGGGCCAUUGAAAAGGUUAUUGAAUCAGUACAAGUAUCAUGCUGUUAUUUAGGGUACGGUUGCAAAAAGAGAGUCAGUUAUUAUAUAAAACAUGAGCAUGAGGAUAAGUGCACCUACGCACCAUGUAUGUGCCCUUUUCCUGACUGCCUCUUCCGGGGUUCACCUAUGAGACUUUCCAGCCACAUGUCUAAAGAGCAUGUUAAUUUUGUGACUCGCUUCCGUUACAACUCUGUCUUCACUGUAUCUCUGGGGACGGAUAAAAAAUUUCUUGUUCUUCAGGAAGAGAAAGAUGGCUUUCUGUUUAUCCUUAAUCAAGGAAACGCAAUAGCAGUUAGAUGCAUUGAUCCAAGUCCCUCAAAUGGAAGAUUUGCAUAUGAGCUUGUAUCAAGGGGAGGCACCUGCACCACCUCUCUUAAAUUUCAAUCUUUCACACAUUGUAUCACAAGGCAUUUCAAUGAUCCUCCUUCUGUAGAUUAUUUUCCGAUUCCUGAUUAUUUCUACCACAAUGGUAGAUCUGAUGGCUCCCUUAAGUUGGAAAUUUGCAUAUGGAAAGACGCCUCUCUUCCAGUCUUCAGCAGGGGCCUUUUAAAAUAACUGAGCUCAGUGGGUUAUCUGGCAGUGAAAGGGUGUUAACAGUUGGAACUUGCAAACAUGCUAAGAAUUUUCAAGUUUUGGAGCUUGCAAAACAGUUCUCCUGUCGGGCGGCCUCUGCUGUUUUUUUUUUUUUUUUUUUUUCUCUUCCUGUUAGGAAAUGGAUAUGUAUAUACUACCUCCGGAUCGUAUUUUAUGCAACUUUGAAAUUUUUAUAUCUCACAAAUAAUACACCAAAAUUGCAUAUAAUAUGAUCCGGAGGUAGUAUGCUAUAGUUAUGAAUCCUUCUAGAUCAAUGGAGAGACAGAAUGCUUGUCGUUUAUGUUCAUAUUUUGUAAUAAUUUAAUACGUUAAAGGCAUGUACUAUAUAAUAAGCCUGCACUGAAGAAAUUUGCGUCUUCAUUGUACUUAGCUGACAUUUUCUCCUGGUAGAUUCUCUUGUAAAGCUGUUUGAAUAUGUUUGGUA